GCUGGGAACAACAUGCAGCUUUUCCCGCCAAAAUGUUAUACCACGCCUCGUGUCUGUAGAGAGUGCCUGCGCGCCGCCAUCUUGGAGGGAGGGUCAGAGUGGAUGGAGGUCAGGGCUUCUCCCUACUUAGAGUAAAACUCCAAAUGAUCUGAUUUGUUAAAAACAUCACACCUGUAGCUCUGACACAGGAUGUUUUAAAAACAAAAUCCAACACAAUAUAGCUGGAAAAGAUGCCGGUUUUCUUUGUCUCUCUUAUGGAUGUUCUGAUGAAAGCAGAUACUGUAGAAUCACGUUUCACUGGCAAAGAGUUUAUAAAGAAUAAGCUGAGAGAGCUGGUAGUUAAACAGUGACAGACAGACUGAAUAUUCCACUCUGCCUCCAGGUUCUUCUCAGAAAAUACAGGUGAUUCACAUUAUUAACAUGUUUCUGCUGCUUCAGCUGCUACUGGAGAAAGAACUGACGGGAGACCCUCUUUAGACUGAAAUACUUUAAAUACAGGAACUGCUUCGUCCUGCUGGAAACAAGAAACAGGAAACAGUGGCUGUGUUCGAAACCGCAUACUGCCUACUACAUCCUUCCAUAUUCAUACUGUCCAUCCUGCGUCCUGCUUACUCAGUCCAUCAAACAGUACGCAAAGCGUUUACACUACAGCAUACUACAUAAUAACCUCAUUAAAUGAAGUCUCAUUAAAACCAUCUGCAUAUCUACAAACUACUAUAAACUACUAAAGCUAUAAAAUCCUGGUUUAUUGGUGUUUGGUUCAGCCGUGGCGUCCAGCAUCAGAGUCUCUCACCCAGAUUCAGUUUGACCUUCCUCCAGUCUUCUUCCAGCAUCUUCUUCUGGUCAGGAUCAGCAUCCUCUGAAGUCAGCCUCCUCUGGGAAAAAUAAAAGCUGCAGUUUUUACAAUUUUAACCUGAAAAAAAACCAACCUAAAAUAGAGAAAAUAUAAUAUCAGGAAACUCAAAAUGUGUCAGAAGGAAUAAUGUGAUGAUUUCAUGUCAGCUUUGAGAUCGAUCAUUUUCAUGGUUUGUUACAAAACAUGAUCAGCAGGACGAAGCAGUUCCUGUAUUUAAUGUAUUUAAGCCUCAAGAGGGUCUCCGGUCAGUUCUUUCUCCAGCAGCAGCUGAAGCAGCAGGAACAUGUUAAUAAUGCGAAUCAGCUGUAUUUUCUGAGAAGAACCUGGAGGCAGAGUGGAGGAUUCAGUCUGUCCGUCUGGGUUUAUCUCACUGUUUAACAACCAGCUCUCUCUCAGCUUAUUCUUUAUAAACUCUUUACCAGUGAAAAGUUCCCGCCCAGGAAACAACCCCCCGCCCCCCCCCCCAAACACUAUGCAGACCUACAGGGUGUAACCAACACAUCUCUUUUUAGUUUCACUUUGAGACUAAUCCUGACGCAGAUUCUUCUCUGGACCUCUUCCAUGCAUGCCUACAUCUUCAUUUCCUGAGGACUGGACAGGACUGGACAGUCCCUAUUUGUUGAAGCUCUUCAGUAUUGUAUUUUGAAUGUGGAAGUGUAAAGAGUGCGCUGCAGAGGAAACAUCAAGAUCUCUCUUACUGAAACACUAUAGAUUAGAACAUGGCCACUUUGGCCGUAAACACCCCUAUCCAUGUACCUACUUAAAUUGUCCAUGCACUUUCAAAACUUGGACUGCGCUAAGAAGUCACUUGUGUAGGUCACAUUUUAAUCAGACCUCUCAAACAUCAGUUGAUAGCUCAACAUUCAGCUGCCCCCAUUGCUCAAAUAGUCGUAUUGCUUCACUGAAAGAUUUAUUUACUCAUAUUAACAGCCAUCUAAAAAAACAUGAAACCAUAACUUGCAUUUUUCAGAAUUGUGUCUUUCAAACGAAUAUUUAUGGAACAUAUCAAACUCACAAGAACAGAAAGCAUAAGACAUAUACACUGAGUGAUUUAAAAGCUGGAAUUGUUCAGAAUGCCACAGAGGAUUCACAGAGUGCUUCUUUCGGAGAAGGUGCAUGUCUGAGUGAUGAGCUUCUUGAUGGUGCUGAACUCGAGGAUAGUGCAGUGAUCUCAGAACCUGAGGAUGUGCAACAAGUUAUUGAAAAGAAAUUAGCAUUUGUCUUAUUGAAGUUGGAGAAUUGUUUUCAUGUGCCAGCCUCUGCUGUUGAUGAACUGCUAAAUGAGUUGGAGUAUUUGGUUAGUUCUGCCCUGGUGCCUGUAGCUGACAACAUUCUUGGUGACUUUUUCUCAAACCAUAACUUGCAAGUUGAUCAGACACUCAUCAGUCAGUUAAAGUGCACACUCACUUCAUCUAAUCCUUUAGCAAAAGCUUUGGGAAGGGAGGGGCCAUUAGCCACUGCGUUUAAGCGGAAACAAUAUUACAGAAGUCAUUUUGAUAUUGUUGAUCCCACUGAGUUUAUUCUUGAUGCCAAAGCUAAACGUAGCUUCCAGUAUGUGCCUUUGCUAAAGGUUUUACAGCAGCUACUCAAUCAAAAGGACGUGUUUAGCAAGAUUACUGAGAAAAGAGGACUGCGACAGACAGUGAAUGACCAGCAUUAUUACAGAUUCUUUGAGGACGGACAGCACUUUCAGAAUAACACGUUUCUAUCAGGAGAGGCACUAACAAUAUCUCUUUGUUUAUAUAUUGAUGAUUUUGAAAUUUGCAACCCCCUCGGCACGUCACGGAAAACGCACAAACUGUGCUGUCUAUUGGAUUUUGGGGAAUUUGCCACCUGGCAGUCAUUCGUCUUUAACUUCAGUCUACCUGGCUCUUCUAUGUAAAUCUGAUGAUGUGAAGACAUAUGGCUAUCACAGAAUUCUUGAACCACUACUCCAAGAUCUUUUUACCUUAGAGCAGCAGGAUGUCUUUGUCUCACAUCUGGGUACAUUUGUGAAGGGUACGCUUCAGUGUGUUGUAUCAGACAACCUUGCAGCACAUGGAUUAGCUGGCUUUGUAGAAAGUUUCUCUGGUCAGUAUUUUUGCCGAUUUUGCAUUGCUCAGCGAGAAGAAACUCAAUUCAAAGAAGUCAAAUCUGGUGUAUUUACCCUGAGAAACAAAGAACUUCAACAGUUACAUGUCAGUACUGCACAGGCUGAAGGAGGUGCUUCCUUUGGAGUGAAGAAAGCUUGUAUUUUCACUGAGAGACUUGCCCACUUCUGUGUCACAUCAGGGUAUCCCCCUGAUAAAGUUCAUGAUCUUUUAGAGGGCAUCGUCCCUGUUGAACUCGCACACUGCUUGGGGCUUCUCAUUUCGAAGAAGUUGUUUACACUCUUUGAGCUGAAUGAUCUGAUUAAAAACUUCAAAUACAAGUGGGGUGACAAAAAAAACCGCCCUCACCUGCUGCCACAUAAUUUUGCACGCCGCAAAACAAUUGGUGGUAACGCACACGAAAAUUGGUGUCUCUUAAGAUUGUUACCAUUUAUGAUAGGUCAUUUGAUCCCAGAAGAGGAGCCAGCCUGGAAUGUGAUUCUGGAUUUAAAAGAUGUUGUUGAGCUAGCCGUUGCACCUGUUCACUGUGAUGAAUCUGUGGCAUUCCUCGAGUGUAAAAUCUCAGAGCACAGACAGCGAUACCAGACACUUUUUCCAAGUCAGAGACUGCUGCCAAAGCAUCACUUUCUGGAGCACUACCCAGAAAUGAUAAGAUUGUUUGGCCCCCUUGUGAUGUUUUGGACAAUGCGUUUUGAGGCCAAACACAGUUUUUUCAAACAAGUUGUUCGGCACACAAAGUGUUUCAAGAACAUCACACUAUCGUUGGCGAAUAAGCACCAGCUGAUGAUUGGCUAUCACAUGUAUUCAGGGUGUUAUGAGAGAUCUGCCUUUGAUGUGACCCACGUCUCCUCAAUUCCUGUAGAUAUCAUGAAAGAGGAUGUAGCACUUCAUCUACGUCUUAAGUUCCCUGAUCUCAAAACAGUUACUGUAGCACAUAAUGUCUCUGCUAAUGGCUUACAGUAUAGAACUGGAAUGAUCAUUGUGAAUGGAUCAGUGGGUGGAUUACCCGAAUUUGCAGAGAUACUUCAAAUGUGUAUAUUGGAAAACACAUUAAUCUUCAUUUGCAAGAAAUUAGCAUCAUGGUACAGAGAGCAUUACAGAGCAUUUGAGAUACAGGCAUCCUCAGCAGCAGAGAUUGUGUUGGCUGAAUUGAGUGAGCUGAUUGAUGACUAUCCUCUGGUGGACUACAAGUGUGGAACCCAUCGAAUGGUCACACUUAAAAGAUACAUACAUGUUUCUGAGUAACGUCUUCACCAGUAUGGCUACACCUGCAGUGCUUUGCGUCAUUUUGGGAGAAAAUGACUCAUCCAAAAUAUCCCUGCCUUCAGGGAUACCAGCUUCUGUUGAGGAACUAAAAAGCGAGAUAAAGAGACAAUGUGAAGUGCAGGAAGACUUCAGACUACAAUACAAGGACAAGGAUUUUGAUGAGUUCAUAAAUCUGAAGUCCACCUCUGAGAUUCAAAGCAAAGCUACCGUCAAAGUGAUUUACCUCCCAAGUGUUUUGCCAACAAGUAGCCUUUGCCUGUCUUCAGAGACUACUUCUCUUUCAUCCGUGGACACGGACAUCCUCUCAUCUGACUCUUCAUCGUCAUCCCUGAGAUGUGAGCCAUGGCCAAACAACUUUCCUGUGCCUGAAUUCACCUACGAUGUUGAGCUCCAACUCGAGCGUGGGAAUGCUGACUUUCAAAAUAAUGGUACCCUGCUCAGUCCAAGUCCAAAACUGAAAUCAGAUAUUCUCGAAGGUUUGGCAUCCCAGAUCAUCAAAUUUAAAGCUUAUCCAUCCAGUGCUGAAUUUGAUGAUGUAGCUGAAGCUCUCGUGAAGAAACACCCAUGUUUAAAGGAGCAAGGUUGUGUUUCCGGCUUUUAUGGGUGGAAGAUAAGCUUAAAAUAUAAAAUGGCAAACUACCGCACAAAGCUGCGCAACAUUGGAUGCUCUGAGUUGACCGUGAAUUCCCUCAAGCGGAAACAGGGUGAUUCACGCACCUCUCCGAAUCAAGUGAAAAAAGCGAGAAGAGCAGAAGUGAACUACUGUCCUGAUUAUCCAUCAGGACAAUCCCAGGACAGCCUUGAGGAGGAGAGGCUGGCAUUAUUGUCUGAAAUGAAGAAGAGCAACAACCAUCAGGUGGUUAAGGCAAAAAUGGAAAUGACAUUUGCUUAUCGGAGACAUGAGGUGAUUGAAGACAGGCCUUUCAUUGCCGAGUUCAAAAGGAGAUGGCCAGCUCUCUUCUCUGAGCAGGAGGUGGAAGCAGAGUUUUCUAGGAUCACCACGGUGCCACUGCGAUCCAAAUUUAUGCAACAGCUCGAUCAUCACACUGCACGACUGCUAACAAUCUUCAGGAAGAAAGGCGGAGCAGCAGGAUUAAAGAUAAGGAAGAUCAUGAAAGACUUGGACAAGACAGAUGCUAUUGAAGCAAGAAGAGCCUGUGUGCUCAAAGCACUCAUGGUCUACGUCAAUGAAGACCCUGGCCACCUUAUUCAAGAGUACAUGGAUGUUGAAGACAACCAGAAGUCUAUGGACGAGACAGUCCUGGGAAUUUAUGCCAUCACCGUUGAAGGUGCAGAGCCCACAGAUUGCCUGGCAGAUGUUGGAAUUAUCAUCGAAGGAGUGAAUGUGCUCGAUGAACUCGGUAACAUUGCAAACGCUGUCGCCAUUUUGCUUGGCCUCAUGUACUCACUUGACUUGAGCUAUCCAACAAAUCUCAAGUAUACAUUUGAAGUUCUGCAGAAGCUUGUCAUGGAGCUUGAUGCCAACAAACUGUCAACGAAGGUGCAAGUGUUAAAGAACAAACUCUUUGAAGGAACACCUUAGGCAGGUGUUGUGCUGCAUUUGGAUCUGCAUGUUCUACUGUGAGGAAUGGACUCAGUGUUGCAGACUGGAUGCCGAACUGUUUGAUGGACUUUCACAAAAAGAGCAGAACAUAACCUCAACAAAGACAAAUUAGAAGUUACAGAAGCGAUCAACAUUGAUGAGUAACAAUGAGAAAUGGAGAGUGACAACAUCAACAUUUGGUCACAGCGCCAUAAAAGAAAUUCCAAGUUCGCCGUCAAAAGAUUUGGCAAUGUUUGUGGAAAAUGGCUUCUCCCGAGAGACUUGUGGACUGUGGAGUUUUUUUUUUAAUUUAUCUUUUUUUGUUCUUAUUUGAUUUGUAGAUCUUUUGGUUUCAUUCGCUGCUGAAGUUAGGCAGUCAUUGGAUGCCUAACUGUUAAACAGUCUUUCACAGAAGGAGCAAAACAUAACCUCAGAGGACGAUUACAAAUUGCAGAGGAGAACAACAAUGAGAAAUGGACAGUGAUGGGUGAAUAUUGAUCGUGGUAGCACUGAGGAGAAACAUAGCCUCAACAUUUGGUCGUGGUGCCAUUUUAAAAAAAUGCAAGUUGUCUGUCAUAAGAUUUUGGAAAUGUUUGUGGAAAAUGCAUUUUCCUCAAUGACUGUUGUGGACUAGUUUGUUUUUUAGUCCAAAUGUGAAUGCCUUCCUACAGUACUGAAGUGGAAUGAAGCAAAAUAUUAUUCUGAGUGUUUUUACUUGACACAAAUGUGUGUUCACAAUUCCUAAGGUCUCACUGUUCAAUGUUAUAAGCAAUUCAGAUUCAGAUGCUUUUAAACAAGUAAUAUGUUUUUGUUGUUUUCAUUGAGCAGUUUCAUACAGUGCUGAAGUGGCAUCAAGCAAAAUGUUAUUGAGGUUUUGGCUGGACACAAAUGUGUGUUCACAAUAAGGUCUCACUGUUCAGUAUUGUGAGCAAUUCAGAUGCAUUUGUUUGCAGUGGACAGUUUCUAACGUCUGCAUUAAAAAUUCUCUUAAAGGGGUAAUGACAUGUUGAAAAAAAUAUCUGUGAUUUUAAAUAUUGGAUUUCUAAGUUUCUA